AUGGGCAACGACCCCAAAGAUGGCAAAGACAAGCGGAGUCGUGGCCGUGGUCAUGGCCCGGGGGGCUCGAGUCGCGAUGUACAAAUAUCCAAGGCCCUGAGCCUGCUUUUGCGACACGCAGCCGAAAAGGAAGGCCUGAAGAUGAAUGCCCAAGGCUACGCGAGUGUCGCAGACGUGCUACAAUGGCGGAAGCUUAAGUCCCUGAAAGUCACCUUCGAUGAAGUCCGCCAUGCCGUCGAUUCUUCCGACAAGAAGCGAUUUGCCCUCCUCCAUAUCCCCUCUGCACAACCAAACGAGUCUACAACCAAGGGCACUACAUUGCCCGUCACUACAUCCGGGUCAGAAGGCGUGGAAAAUGCUACCACAGCUGCAGCGGAGGAGGACCAGCCAUCCACCUCGGUAGUGGAGGCUCCCGUCUCACCUGAGGACCAGCAGAGUGCUACGACACAGGCACUCUCUGUCACAGAUGCUGAGCCAUCGAAUUUUCUGAUCCGCGCUACACAGGGUCACAGCAUUAAGACCGUGGACGCAGCAUCCUUCCUCGAACCUCUUUCGCUCUCCAAUGAGUCUGAGUUGCCAGAUACUGUUGUCCACGGCACUUUCCACGGGGCAUGGCCAGCUAUUUUACGAUCGGGCGGACUGCGGUGCAUGGGCCGCAAUCACGUCCAUUUCGCGACGGGUCCGUCCAUGGAGUCUGUGUUGGCGGCUCAAAAGGAAGAUGCGCAGAAGAACACCAACAAGAAGGACCAGGUCAUCUCAGGAAUGCGCAAAGAUGCACAGGUUUUGAUUUACGUCGACCUUCGGAAAGCUCUGGCGGCCGGGUGUCCAUUCUGGCGUAGUGAGAAUGGAGUCAUUCUCAGCGAGGGACUUCCUGUGCUCAAGGGGAAAGACAACACUGGUAGUGAUGCACAGAAGGUUGUGUCAGUGGAUUUCUUCGAUGUGGUUGUUGAGAAGAAGGUUGGACUCGGCAAGAUCUGGGAGCGCGGCGAAGUUUUGCAGGAGCUGCCGGCGAAGUUAACGAGUCGGGGGACUCCAAAGGGAAAUCCCAAGGGGAAUAAACAAUAG